AUGUGCAGAUGCAACACUAACGAUUAUGGCUUCAAACCGACAAAGCAGGAGGAUAAAUGCAUCGGUGAGUGGAUGCAUAACUUUCAUCAAUGGCUUUCAGGAUAGGUCGGGCUUCGCUUUUAGGUGACUGUGAGAAUCUUGGAGUGUAUCUGUGUGCCGGCAUUCUCAAAUUCGACAGCAUACGGGAUUGGAACAAGAAGAUGAAAAAGGACCUGCCGCUAAACGAAAACAAUCGAAUAGGUCAGGACUUCCCUUUAUAUGGUAUGUGCCAUCCUCUUUUGCUUGUUCAGGUAUUUGUAAAUCGCAUGCGGACAGAGACAAGGAUUAAAAGUGCGAGUGCAAGGAUAGAAAGGAGGAUAUCAAGCGAUACGGUCUUGUAGUCUGGUCGAGGCAUGAAAAGACCCAGACCGACCAGUGUGAAUGUGCUGAAGGCUUUGUGAUUGAUCAAGUGGAUUCGACGGAGCCAUCCUAUAAAUGCUUCAGUAAGCGAGGAGACUGAUUACGGAUUCCAUAGUGUGCCAUGGCUUCUCCUUCCUGCUACAGUUGGAUGUUGGAAGUACCGUGAGCUUUGUGAAGGGCCAGAGGGAUCGAACCUUGGUGAGCUCGGUCAAGUGUCAAAGUAAGGCAAUGUGCAUUCGUGUCUCUGCGUGUCUUUCCGUGAAGGCGACUGCAAGAGGGCUUCCCACUCUGAUUAUCUCUGCGACUGUGACAAUGGGAAAGCAGUAGAGGUGAAGGUAGACGGCACAGAGACGAAGUUUCGUGAGCUCGCAGGCCUCAAGGUCUCGACAUGCAAAGGUGAGUCAACUUUUAUUUGUUCUUACCAUAGCGGUCAUUUACAACACUGCUGACGGAUGCAUACUGAUAAAAUCGUUAACGAACUUAGCCAGCUUAUGUUUGGAUGACGAAAUGUCUUUUGUAUGACAGCGUUGUGCAUUGAGGAAUAUCAGAGACAUUGCGAGGGUCCCUUCAGCACAAGAACGGAGGAGCCCAUCAAAUGGGGAGAGUGCUACGACAUGGAUAUCGAGAAAGACGUAAGCGCAGUAAUCUAUCACGAAACGUCAGUACAGACACAGCGCAUUCCAUCUAUCGUUUUGUCCUGUUUCUUUCGUCCUCGAUAGGAUUACAAGUGCAAGUGCGGCCAAGAAUACGAGAGCAGAAGAAAUUCAGAGGGCAAACAAGUGUGUCAAGGUAUCCCACCAUUGUCCUCGGGCGGCUAGAAAAUGCUUCGUGUCUUUGUAACUGCCAGCGACUUGCAAGAGCUUGGGAAAUAGCUUGUGUCGAGUCAAUGACGGAGGAAACACCCGCAGCGACGACGAGCGCGACGCAAAAGGCCACCUCAUCAUCGACAAAAAAGAGCACUACACGUGCGCGGAAGGGAAUGAAAAAGGGCUGGAUCCACACCGCCACACUCCGAUGUGCACAUGUACGUUCUCGCGGCCUUGCUGGCUUCAGUAUGCCGUUAAUCAUGUAGCCUUUCCUGCAUUCAGACCGGCCAAAGGAGCAGAGAUGUGAGGAGCGGCGUGACAUGCCAAUCGAGUACAUCAAGAAAUGUCGCGGGCCCGUCAAAGAGCCUGAAAGGCCCGAACAUGAUAAGUUCAUUAGGGGCGAGUGCUUUGUUUUUUCAGACAAGCCGGCCAAAGUGAAACAAGACACAAACACGCGCACACGUGCACAAAGUGGCUAGACACUGUCGGGUGUUCUUCGUCCAUCAGGAAUAUUUCUGCAAGUCUCGAGAGGGACAGAAACCAUCGGAAAAGCCCUAUAAGGAGUGCUUGAGUAAGAGAGCAAGGCUGACAAUCCCAUUUCGACUACUAGUGCAAUUCCCUCGUCUAUAUGCAGCAAACUGUAAAGUGCUGGGGGAUGACCUUUGUGGCGUUAAUCCUUCCGAGUCAAAGAGCGUGUGUCUCAAUAAAGGAAAGGAUGGCUACCAGUGCAGGUGUGACUGUAGACUGCCUUUCGGGCCUCGCAUACACUCAAUCGCACAAAGAGAGUACUGCGGAGGUACAGCUGAUAGAUACCCCGAGCACAGACACGGAUUGACAAAUUCUCUUUCUGUGAAUCAGCCGAUUGCCUGGUUGAGAUCAAGAAGCACAAGAAGGGCGACGAUACUUGGAACAAACUGAAAGAGGGCAUAGACUUGUGUGUCGGCCCUUCGGCCGAUCUGGAGAAGUCUGAAGCGACAUGGAACAAGGAUGGCUUCAGAGGCUCAUGUCUCGUCGUCCCCAGCGGAGGCUACGAUUGUGCUUGCGAUGGAAAGCUGGGAUAUCAAGCCACCGUCUUUGACGGGAAGCCUAUGUGUCGAGGUAAAUACUGACAACGGGCAAAUAUGUUCCUAGCUCAACACACUAUCUCUCUGUCUGCGUGCCUCCAGGGGGCUGCAAGGUUUAUGACGAGCGCAAGGGUUGUGGCGAGCGCCCGGGUCAUGGCGAGCAUCUGUGUAUGGGUCAUGGUGCUGUGACAGAAGCUUCAGAUGAGGACAGUCAAUUUAACGCGAUUCGCCACAUAGGCAGAUGCAUAGACUUCCCUGAGGACCUCCAGAUGCCAUUCCUAGACUACAAAGCUUCAGACGGUGCUUAGAAGGAAAGAAUGAGGAGAAACUGAAGCUGCUCACCAAUUGGCCUCGUUUCCUUACAGGGUAUUAUUGCGAGUGCUAUGGCGAUCAAACUGUUGCUGAAUCUCGUCAGGGGGCGGCCUCGACGACUCAAACAACUACAAGUGAGGAAAUAUGAUACUUUUCUGCUGAAGUCACUGCCAUCCCCUACCAUCCUACGCCACUGACAGCAACAACUACGACAACCAAGGGCGGCGACAAAACAACAACAACCACGAAAAGUAGGCGACUGUAAGAUCUAUGCUUCAUCUGUUUGCCUUGCAUCUCUUUGUCCGUAGCCGUCCAGCAGAAGAUCUACAGAAAAUCAGGGAAGCUGCUUGAGUCAAUGCGCGAUCAGCAAGAGGGUAACAGAGCGUUUGACUUGAAUCUUUCUGCAUUUGUUCUUGUUUUGCUGUCAGCGACCAGGGCUAGGCAAGCAGAAGGCCUGGGCCCUUCAAGUAGGCCGAACUUCUCCGCACACGAGCCGCUCAUUUAUCUCCUUAAUUGAAUGUGCAGAACGGGGCAGGUUCAACACAGGAAGCUGUCGAGCUCGGAAACUCCAGUAUGACUGUUGA